AUGUCCACGGCGAGACCCAAGGUCCAAACAUACAAGGUCAACCUCCGUAGCAUCCAGGAGCCCAACAACGCACUCUCGGCCAAGGACGUCAAGGGACAUGAUGCAUCAGGCUUUAGACAGCACGGCAAGCGCAACAGCAAGAAACGCCGCAAGAAUACGCAGGUGUCAUAUUCCAUGGAAGGUAUAGAGUCGACCUCACCUGCUACAAUCACUACGCCUGUCCACCCCGCCACGCCUGCCACACCACCCAUACCAGGAAUGGAUACGUUGGAUCACCCUAAGGCUUCUUUGAAGAAGAAACUCAAGCAGGCGACGAGAGAGAAGUCCAAGGAGAAGCAGGAUAUCUCGAUCAAGCUUCAACGGGACCGGGGACAAGCCCUACGGCGCAUCAAUUGGCAGCGCGGUGCGCCCAUGCUGGACCCGGAGAAGAUCCACAAGCUGGAGGAAGAAUGGCACGACACCUUGCGGAGACUCGACAAACUGCAGGAGGCCUCGAUGAACGCGUAG